AGAGAGAGAGAGAGAGAGGAGAAUACAAUACAGUUUUCACAGAGAGUAGCGUAGAAAUGACUCGAAAUCGACGAAAAGCUUGGAGCUUUCUCUCUCCUCGUUUCUCUCUCUAAAAAUGAAAGAAACAUCGCCACAAAGAAAAGCUUUUGUGAUUUCAUUUCGCUCCCUCCCGCCCCCGCCCAUCACUCUUUCGCAUGGCUCUGAGCCUCUGCCUCGAUUCCUCCGCCUCCUAUGAAACCCUAAUUUCCCUUCUUCUCCCCCAAAUCCAAAUUCCAAAUUGCUCCGACUCUGACCGCCUUUGAAGUUUCAACAAUCGCAGUAGUAGUGCAUAUACCUAUAUCUGACGCAACUAACUUAUCUCGGAUCCAGAAUUGCUCUGACCGCCUCUCAGAUUGCAGAAUUCUGCAUUAAGUUGAGCAGCGUAGUAGAGUAUAACUAUUUGAGUCAGGAGGCUACCGUCCUUAACCAGAAGAUUUUGAAAUUUGUCAAGCAAGGAUGCAUAUGUUUUAUUUCAUGAUUGGAACAACUGUUCUGGAUGGUCUAGAUGGCCCUAAAUCAUUGCUGUCACAUCUCUUGAACUAUAUGAAGGCACAUGUCCCCUGAAUGUAGUCAGGUAAAUCAUAGAAAUGGCAAAAGGUAGCCGGGGACGACGCAGAAUUGCUUCCCGACGAUACAGAGCAACUCCAUACCCAUUGCAGAACAAUCAAGAUCUAUUGGAGGAUCUGUGCCCGAGGAAAUGCAGAGACUUGGAAAAAAAAGACUGGGAGGAUGCAACAUGUUCUGUGUGCAUGGAGUAUCCUCACAAUGCUGUCCUUCUCCUUUGUUCUUCUCAUGACAAAGGUUGCCGUCCCUACAUGUGUGGAACUAGUUUCCGGCAUUCCAACUGUCUUGGCCAGUACAAGAAAGCUUAUACUAAAAUGGGGUCAUCUGAUCAUGGACAACCAUUGCUUGGCUCCAACAACAAUCCAACUGCUGUACCAGAUGCUGGAUGGCCAGUACAGAGGUGUGAAGUUACAGAGCUUGCAUGCCCCCUCUGUAGGGGCCAGGUGAAGGGCUGGACUGUUCUUGAACCAGCACGAGAUUAUCUAAAUACAAAAAGGAGAAGCUGCAUGCAAGAAAAUUGCGCAUUUGUCGGAAAUUACAAGGAGCUUAGGAGGCAUGUGAAGGAAGAACACCCCUCCGCGCGGCCACGAGAAGUGGAUCCAGACCUCGAACAGAAAUGGAGAAGUCUUGAACAUGAGCGUGAGACGAACGAUCUGAUGAGCACAAUCCAGUCUACCAUGCCAGGGGCAAUGGUUUUUGGAGAUUAUGUAAUAGAAAGAAAUAAUUAUGGUUUGGAUACGGACGAAGAGGAUGGUGGCUUUGAUGCAGAUGCUCCAGAAAGAAAUGGGGGGUUCGGGCUGGGAUUCGAUGGCAAUCUGGUGAACGUCUUUUUCCUAUUACAUGCAUUUGGGCCAUCAGGCACUGACCUGACAAGACGUCUACGGCAGCCAGAGAGGGCCUUCCACCACUCAGCGGACGGCAGUGCUGCUGGCAUCAGGCACACAACUCCUAUUGGUGGUUUAGAUUCCUCUGAUCAAGAUGAAGAGAAUGAAAGUGAUGGUGAUGACGACGGUGGUGGUAUGUCGUUGGUGAGCCGCCUUCGGCGUCAUGGGAGGGUGUUGUUGGGACGUUCUGGGAGGAGAGGUGCGCGUAGAGAAGGAAAUAGUGAUGAAAGAUAAGUAGGAACACCUGUUUAGAUACACAAAUUUUAGGAGUGAUUGCACAAAAACAAAUAAAAGGAAGUCAGGAUUUUAACUUUCUCGCAUUUGCAUUGGAUUUAUUUCUCAUUUGAAAGGCUUGGGGCCUUUUCCCUCUGUUGUGUAAUGUAUUUUCAACAUGUAAUUUUACCUUAUUCCUUCCUCAAUGUAUGAAUGUAAUUUUACCUUUCACCUUUUACCCUCCUCAAUGUAUGAAUAAACAUUUUUAUUCUUUCA